CCCAGUGGCACAGUGGAGUACGGGACAGCCAGAGGCACGCCGAGGGCGGCAGAGGAGGAUGGAGGCCAACAUGAACCUCCUGCACGACAUGGGCAUCCGGACCACACACUGGCUGCAGCAGCACUUCCAGGGCUCCCAGGACUGGUUCCUCUUCAUCUCUUAUGCUGCUGAUCUCAGGAAUGCUUUUUUUGUCCUCUUCCCCAUCUGGUUCCACUUCAGUGAAGCAGUGGGCAUCAGGCUCAUCUGGGUGGCUGUAAUUGGAGACUGGCUCAACCUCGUCUUCAAGUGGAUCCUCUUUGGGGAGAGACCAUACUGGUGGGUCCUUGACACAGACUAUUAUGGCAACAACUCUGCACCAGAGAUCCAGCAGUUCCCUCUCACCUGCGAGACUGGCCCCGGGAGCCCAUCUGGCCAUGCCAUGGGUGCAGCAGGCGUGUACUACGUCAUGGUGACAGCCCUCCUCUCUGCUGCUGGAGGAGAGAAGCAGUCAAGGACACUCAGAUACUGGGUGCUGUGGACAGUGCUUUGGAUUGGGUUCUGGGCAGUUCAGGUCUGUGUCUGCAUGUCCCGAGUCUUCAUUGCUGCUCACUUCCCCCACCAGGUGAUUGCAGGGGUUUUCUCAGGGAUGGCUGUGGCCAAGACCUUCCAGCAUGUCCGCUGCAUCUACCAAGCCAGCUUCCAUCGGUACCUGGGCAUCACCUUCUUCCUCUUCAGCUUCACCCUGGGUUUCUACCUGCUGCUGUGGACAUUCGGCGUGGACCUGCUCUGGACGCUGGAGAAGGCACAGAAGUGGUGCAGCAACCCUGAGUGGGUCCACAUUGACACCACUCCCUUUGCCAGCCUCCUCCGUAACCUGGGCGUCCUCUUCGGGCUGGGGCUGGCCCUCAACUCCCACCUGUACAAGGAGAGCUCCCGGCUGAAGCAGAGCCAGCAGCUGCCCUUCCGCCUGGGCUGCAUCGCUGCCUCCCUCCUCAUCCUCCACGUCUUCGAUGCCUUCAAGCCACCCUCCCACAUGCAGCUGCUCUUCUACGCCCUCUCCUUCUGCAAGAGUGCGGCCGUGCCGCUGGCUACUGUCGGCCUCAUCCCCUACUGCCUCUCCCAGCUCCUGGCCACGCAGGACAAAAAGGCUGCCUAAGGCAGGCAGACAGCCCAGGGGUGUCUCAGGGGCGCCUACCAGGCCCUGGGUGCACCUCAGCCACUGUUUGCUUCCCGCUGAAUCUGCACAGGCUGAUCCUGCACUGGGAGCAGACCACGGAGGCUGGGCUAGUGGUGCUGCUGGGUGGCUCCCACAACACGGACCCACAGUGCCAGUCACGCUGGGCUGGGGCUGGCUGAUGGCACAGAGAGCCCUGCAUGCCCAAGACUCCCCUGCUGUCCCUCCUGCACCCACAGGUGCAGGACCCAGGACCCAGCAGCAGCAGCGGGAGGUUCUGCACUCCCUUACAGCCCAUAGGGACAGGCCACCUCCACGCUGCAGAGCUGGGGACAGCACCACUGGCAGCAGGGCUCUCACCUCGGUGUGCCUGGGGUCUGCUGAAGAGGCAGCUCUGUGAAAGGAAGGGCAGACUGUGACACGGAGAUCAAGUGCCAGUGUGAGGGAGCCCCAGCCCUGGGACGUUUGGUGUUCGCCUCAGUGUGAUCAGUGUGGGGUGCACACACGGCCCUGUGUGUACUUGCAUUACAUGUCUCUGUGCACACAUCACAUGGGGUGGGUGGGGCUGUGCACAGGAGGUGCUUUAUUAAAGCUGAAGGUUGUUUUGCUGGUGA